CAAUCUUCCAUCUGUAGCCGCCAUAUGUGAGAAAUAUAUUUAUCUCAUUCUGACCAAUAUUUUGCACAUUGUAAAUAUUUUAUAGGUAACUAGUCUUCUCGCUUUACGCUGAGCUUUCGUGUGAGACUGGAAAUCACUUCGUGUGCACAUCACUCUUGGCUUGUCAUUUCAAAAGUGUGGUUGCUGAUAAAUUAUUUUAAUAUUAAAGUAAUUACAGAUAAGUAGAACUUUGCAAUAUAUCCAGGUGCAAGAGGAAUAAAUAUGAAAUUUAGUGCGAUUGCUAUUUUACUCGUGGCUAGUUUGGCAGCCACAAAAUGUGAAGUGUUUUUCGAGGAGAAAUUCUUAGACGACACGUGGCAGGAGACGUGGACGUAUAGCAAACAUCCAGGAAAGGAAUUUGGUAAAUUCGUGCGUACUAGUGGAAAGUUCUUCAAUGACGAGGAGGCCGACAAAGGCCUUCAGACUUCCGAGGAUGCCCGCUUUUAUGCGCUUUCCACAAAAUUCACACCAUUCACCAACAAAGACAAGCCACUCGUUGUGCAAUUUUCUGUUAAGCAUGAGCAGAACAUUGACUGCGGUGGUGGAUACCUCAAAGUGUUCGACUGCUCCCUGGAGGAGAAGGAUAUGCAUGGAGAGAGUCCUUACUUGAUUAUGUUUGGUCCUGACAUCUGUGGUCCAGGCACCAAAAAAGUCCAUGUGAUCUUCAAUUACAAUGGCAAGAAUCAUUUGAUCAAUAAGGAGAUUCGCUGCAAAGAUGACGUCUACACUCAUUUCUACACGCUGAUCGUCCAACCCGAUGGUACUUAUCAAGUUCUAAUUGACAAUGAGAAGGUGGAAUCUGGUGUGUUGGAGGAAGACUGGGACUUCUUGCCACCCAAGAAAAUUAAGGAUCCCGAAGCCAAGAAACCUGAAGAUUGGGAUGAAAGGGCCACAAUCCCCGAUCCAGAUGAUAAGAAACCAGAAGAUUGGGACAAACCCGAACACAUUCCCGAUCCUGAUGCCACAAAGCCUGAUGAUUGGGACGAAGAGAUGGACGGUGAGUGGGAACCACCCAUGAUUGACAAUCCUGAGUACAAGGGUGAAUGGGCACCAAAGCAGAUUGACAAUCCAAACUACAAGGGUAUCUGGAAGCAUCCUGAAAUUGACAAUCCAGAAUACACUCCAGAUGAGAAUCUCUACUUGCACGAGGAGGUUUGCGCUGUGGGUCUGGAUCUGUGGCAAGUGAAGUCUGGUACGAUCUUCGACAACUUCCUCAUCACAGAUGAUCUCAAGUAUGCUGCUAGUGCAGCUGAAACUGCGAAGAAUACCCAGGCUGGUGAGAAGAAAAUGAAGGAGGAACAGGAUGAGGAGGAAAGGAAGAAGAUGGAGGCUGAGGCUAAGGCCGCUAAGCCUGAGGAUGACGAAGAUGAGGAUGAAGAUGAUGAAGAUGUUGCUAUUCCUGGCGAAGUUGAGGAUGCCGAGGGUGAACACGAUGAAUUGUAGACACAACAAUGAAUUUGUUUCAAUUUCUCUUUUCCGAUGAAGGGUGAUUCCAGGAUUUCUCCUUUUUUUCUGAACAAAAUACUAAAAACAAGAAAAAAAAAUAUUUUUUUAUCUUUACAAUCAGUCCUCGUUAUAAUUUUUUUUUGCAUCAGAAUUUAUAGGUUCGGAUUGAAGUAAAAUAUAUUUGCAAGUUUGAGAGAAACAUAUACUUCGGAUUAUCGAAACGCAAAUGUCUCUUUCGCAAGUAACAGGAGGUUAAAAAUCAUUUUUAUACACUAAUUGUAGAAUGUAUAUAAUAUAAAAGCGGAUGCUAUUGUGGCUAUACUAUAGAAAAUUUUGUUCUAAAAAACAAAAUUUUUAGUAAACUGAAUGUGAAAUGUUUUUGUUUGAAAUUUUGCAGAAAAUAAUGUCUGGUUACACUUAUUUAUAUAUAUAUUUAAAAAAAACAAUAAAUAUUGCAACUAAUUAUAAGCAGAAUUGAAGUUAGGAUAUAAAAAGGUCACAUCUAGAAUUAUGACAUCUAAAAACUUUAAAAACUUUCUAUGAAAAGAAAUAUUUGGUUUCAAUCGUGGUUCAAAUAUUUGGAUUAUUUUACAUAGACCAAGCAAAAGUAAUUUAGUAAAUGUUCAAAAUAUUGGUAUGUCCAUUAAAUAUUCAUUAUAUUCUUUUCUAGAAAUCAUUUUGAAACUAUUAAAAAUAAAUUUCCACAAAGGCAUUGAAGUAUAUUUAUAAAAAAAAAUGGAAAUAAAAAUCCGAAAUGAUUGACUCAAAGUCAAUUAUACAAUUGAAUCUUUUUUUUCCAAUUAAAAUUUUCGAAAAUGUGAGCCAGACAUUACAGUAAUUUUUAAAGAAAAAUCUAUAAAAUCUACAUGGAUAUAAAACACUCUAGUAAAUUCCAGAAGCCAAUAAUUUAUUCAGAGAUAUAACUUGCAGAAUUACCGUCAAAAAUAUAUAUUCCUUGUGUUUUUAUACUACAUGAAAAAAGAAAUACUUAUAAUACAAGUAAUAUAAAAGAACAUUUAGGUUUAAAAUGUAUGACUGAUAUAAGAUUAGAAUAAUUUGUAUUUUCUGAGAGAGUAAACACAAGAAAAAUGAAAGCGUGAUGAGUCAAAAUAAAAUAUAAAUUAAUUGAAA